GCAGGCCGGGCGAGAAGAGCCGAAGAGUGCAAGCGGCGGAAAUAUCCGAAGCGGUGGGGCGCCCGAGGCCGUUGCGGACCUCUGCGCCGAAGCCGCUGCUGCCGCGGAAGCCGAGCCUUUCUAGUACACGGCAGCCGCCACCGCGGCCGCCGCCUCCUCCUUCCCCUCGAGCCGCAGCCCCUCGCGGUGGGAGCAAGUGAACAGACAAGCGGCGCGGCCGCAGCUGGGCCUGAGGGGACCUAAGCUGGCGAGGGGGAGGAGGAAGCGGCUGGCUGGGGGCGGGGCCGAGCGGGCCCGAGAAUAGCCGAGUCGGCCCGAGCGCCGCCGAGCGAGCCCGAGGCGCCGGGCCAGGCCAGAGCCGGACUACGGGAGCCGACGCGGGCCGCGCGGUGGGCGCGGAGCGGCGCGGCAGGCCGGGCGGGCGGCAGCAGCAGCGGAGGAGGCCGCGAAGGCGGGUUCGAGUGGCGGAGGCGGCGCAGGCGGCGGCAGGGGGCCGGGUGGCCGGGGUCCCGGGCCCCGCAGCGGCGGCAGCGGCGGCGGCGGCAGGAUGAUCAAGCUGUUCUCGCUGAAGCAGCAGAAGAAGGAGGAGGAGUCGGCGGGCGGCACCAAGGGCAGCAGCAAGAAGGCGUCGGCUGCGCAGCUGCGGAUCCAGAAGGACAUAAACGAGCUAAACCUGCCCAAGACGUGUGACAUCAGCUUCUCAGAUCCAGACGAUCUCCUCAACUUCAAGCUGGUUAUCUGUCCUGAUGAGGGCUUCUACAAGAGUGGGAAGUUUGUAUUCAGUUUUAAGGUGGGCCAGGGUUACCCACAUGACCCCCCCAAGGUGAAGUGUGAGACGAUGGUCUAUCACCCCAACAUUGACCUUGAGGGCAAUGUCUGCCUCAACAUCCUCAGAGAGGACUGGAAGCCAGUCCUUACGAUAAACUCCAUAAUUUAUGGCCUGCAGUAUCUCUUCUUGGAGCCCAACCCCGAAGACCCACUGAACAAGGAGGCCGCCGAGGUCCUGCAGAACAACCGGCGGCUGUUUGAGCAGAAUGUGCAGCGCUCCAUGCGGGGUGGCUAUAUCGGCUCCACCUACUUCGAGCGCUGCCUGAAAUAGGGUUUGCGCACACCCACCCCUGCCAGGGCCACCAGCCCCGGCGUCCCCUGCAAAUAUUUAUUGGGGGCCACAGGUGGGGGGCAUGGGUGGCCGGUGGGGGAAUCCCAUGCCCUGACCUUGCCUCCCCUCCCUGCCACCCGCUCCUAGUUAUUAUUUUUUUUUUAAACCACCAUGUGAUUAAGGUCGGCGCUGCCUCCGACCCACUCAGCAAUGGGAAAUGAAUUGGCUUGUCUAGCCCCCAGCUGGGUGCUGUCCAGCCCCCCACUCUGGGCUCUGGGGUGGGUGGCCAAGGGGACUGGGUGGCUGGGGCUCGGGCACCCUACCCCUCCACCACUGGAGGUCCCACCAGGCUAUUAAAGGGGAAUGUUACUGCAUG